CGUAUGCAGGGAACAAAAUACCACCAAUUUUGAAUGACAUGAUAAAUUAUGAGUCCGGAAGGAAUACGAAAAAUCUAUCAUUUUGACUGCAUUAUAUUUUUACUCGGUAUUCGGCGACUAUGGACUUAUUGUAGCAUUCAGUCGUUGGGAGGUUUUGCCUGCAAGUACAAAUUUAGGGAUACACGAAGAAAUGUUAGCAAGUCAACGCAGUGGAUCAGCCGGAGCCGAACUAUUAAGAUAUUAUUAGAGAAAGGUCGAUAUGCAGUACAUUGUUGUGCUAUAUAAUUUCCAAGUAUGUAUGUAGUAUGAAGAAACGGUGUAUUAUGAAGUGAUUUAAGAGGCUCCUCGACUAACAUGGCAACCGUGAGGAGGAUUCGCGCGUGGUCGUCCCUCCUGCACCGAGCCUGCACACGCAACAGCCGGGCAGCAGCCUCGCUGGCCCCGGCGUGGACGAGCUGCAUUCCCCGGCACGGAGACGCCCCCGGGCCGCAGCGCAGCAGAGCGUUAAGCCUCUCUGGAUGCACCCUGAGGCGCUCUGACGACUUCACCGAGGACAGAGGUUUCACACAGCACGAUGAUGACGGAGAUGAGGAAGAAGACUCAAUGGAGGAGCAGGAGGCGGACGAGCUGUUCCGGGAGCUGCAGCCCCCCACGGCUCUGGCAGGGGGCCAACACCGGGUCUUUGUGGUCCACCCGGAUGUCAAGUGGGGAAGCAGGAAGCAGCACCUGACAACAGCCGAGUUGAUGAUGGCCGAGGCCGUGGCUCUGGUCAACACGCUGGACAAGUGGUCGGUGGUGGACAAGCUCAUCCUGUCCACCAAGACCCCGGAGAAGAAAAAGAUCUUUGGCAAAGGGAACUUCCAGAUGCUCACAGAGAAGAUCAGACGGACGGCGGGCGUCACCGCCGUUUUGGUCAACGUGGAGCGUCUCUCGCCGUUGUCCGAGAGGGAGCUGGAGGACGCGUGGGGGGUGAAGGUGUUUGACCGAUACUCGCUGGUGCUGCACAUCUUCCGCUGUAACGCCAAGACCAAAGAGGCCAAGCUGCAGAUCUCGCUGGCCGAAAUCCCUCUGCUAAGGUCGCGUCUGAAGAACGAAUUCCUCAGCUUGGACCAGCAGGGCGGAGGCGCUCGUUACAUCGGAGGCUCAGGCGAGACGCAGCUGGAGGUGCAGCAGAGGCUGCUGAGGGAGCGCGAGAUGAAGAUCCGCUCGGCGCUGGAAAAGCUGAGCAGGAAGCGCCGACUGCUUCGCUCCCGCCGGAAGCACAAGGAGUUCCCGCUGGUCUCCGUGCUGGGGUACACCAACUGCGGUAAAACGACGUUGAUCAAAGCGCUGACGGGCGACGCGGGGCUGCAGCCGCGAGAUCGGCUUUUCGCCACGCUGGACGUGACGGUGCACGCGGGCCAGCUGCCCGGGCGCGUGACGGUCCUCUACGCGGACACCGUCGGUUUCCUGUCGCGGCUGCCGCAUCAGCUCAUCGACUCGUUUGCCGCCACGCUGGAGGACAUCAAGCACUCGGACGCGUUGAUUCACGUGCGCGACGUGAGCCAUCCGGAGAACGUCAACCAGAAGGCCAACGUGCUGAACGUCUUGAGGGACCUGGGCAUGCCCGACGCGCUCAUGAACUCCGUGAUUGAAGUCCACAACAAGAUCGACCUCAUCGACGACUACGAGGCGACGGAAGCCGACGCCGUGGCCGUCUCGGCCCUGGAGGGGCGUGGCCUGGAGGCGCUGGCGGCGGCGGUGGAGCGGCGCGUCGUGGCCGCCACGGGCAAACGCGUCCUCAGCCUGAAGGUGGACCUCAGCACGCCGCAGCUAAGUUGGCUGUACAGGGAGGCCGCCGUGCAGGACGUGAGCGUGGACGCCGACGAGGGCUCGGCCGUCGUCAAGGUCGUCAUCGGCAACGCCGCCUACGGACGCUACAGGAAGAUGUUUGGCUCGCGGCGCGCGCCAUGAAGAUUUGAUGGUAACACACACGACUGAUUGUAUGGAUAAAAAAAAUAUAUAAUAAAUAAAUCAAUUUUUAAAACUAAAUAAUAAAAUGCUGCCAUUAUUACUUGCACACCACGUGGUUGCUGCUUGUUGCUUUCAGUGUUAAAAUGUUCCUUCCACCCCCCCCCCCCCCC